GUGCCGUCAAGGAGAAAGCGAGGAGAAAAAGGAACAGAAACAUCGAGAGAGAGUUGGUGCACAUUGCAAUCGACAACGCUCAAUGGCUGUCCUGACCGAGUGGUUCCAAACAAGAGCGGCAAGACUUUGCUGUUAGACAAACUGCUUUUGUCACUUCCCAGUCUUCGUAUCAACAUAACAUGUUCGCCGGGUAACGGUGACUCGACAAUGUCAGAAUCAGACGUCUACGAUCCGUCUUGUCCCACCGAGUAGCUGGAUUCUAUAUUUACUAGCCAGAAGUGCCCUGCUGUAUAACACCCCGUGCUAGGACAUGUCGGAGACUGGCGAGUCAGACACCAGGGAUGAUGUGGCGGGGAGCAGUGAACAGUCGAUCACAACCUCUCAGGAGAUGUCAGAAAUCAUCAAAAACAUGGUCAUAGGAGGCAUUGAUCUGCUAAGUUCAGACGAUGUGUCGAGUACACCCGGUCGCAAGAAAAACAAGAAAAAGAAAAAGAAGAAAAAUGAGAUAAUUAUUCCUGUUGAGGUAGAUGCUGAACCGCCACAUCUUUUCCCUGACGACAGUGAACCGAAUGUACCCAGUGAAGUGGAGAUCAUGGAAUUCGAUGGACAGUGGCCUCCAUGGCAGGGAGGUCAGUUUGGUAAACGGGGCCGACCUCCAAGACAACGGCCAUUUGUACAUCGGGGUGGUUGGGGUCGUGGCAACCGAGGUCGAAAUGAUGGUGAAUUUAUGAACAUGCAACAGUCAUUCAGAGGGCCAAAUUUUUCUGGGCGUGGUUCCAGAUUUCAGCGUCCACCAAAUUUUAAUCCUCAAGAUAAUGGCCCUGAGUUUAUGGGAUCUCCGUACCAAGAUUUUGAGUCUGGCACACACAACAUGGGGGGUCCACAUCCCCCACCUCACAACAACAUGGGAGGGCCACGCCCCCCAACUCACAACAACAUGGGAGGGCCACGCCCCCCACCUCAUAACAACAUGGGAGGGCCAGCCCCCCCACAUCACAAUAUGGGAGGCCCACAGUCCCAAAUGAAGCAACCAUUUCAUCCAAAUCAGGAUAGGAUACAUGGUGGAAACAGGGGCCAACCAUCCCUGUUGGGGGAUGGACCAAUGCAGUUUAGGAUGGGGAGUAGAUCAUUCAGAGGGGAUCACCAGUGUAGACCAGGUGAGGGUCCAGGGCACUUUGGUCCUCAGCAGGGGGAACAAUUUCAGGGUUUCCAUGGUGAUGCGCACAUGCAGCACCAUGAAGAUUUGUUGGGAUACGAGAGUAACCCACCACCUCCACCUCCACCUCAGCAGUUUGAAGAUAGAACUUGUGCAUCAGAACAGAAACCUCAGCAUUUACAAGGAAUGCCACAUGAAUUCAGUCAAGGAAUGCCACCUUUGCCACUAGAUUUUGAAUUGCCAGAUUUUGCUAAACAACAAGAGCAACUCCUUCAGGAGCUGUCCAAGGCCCCAGUACCACCACCAGGGCCCUCCCAAUCUUCUGUAAAACUUGAUCAAGGUCCUGUUCCUGAUGCCUUAGAUCAUAUUCCUAUGCCACCUCCCUUUCAACAGCUAGCUGCUCCAAAGCUGCCACCACCACAACCACCGAUACCACAGCAACUAGCUUCAGUACCUCCACCACUUCCACAGACACCAGAAGUACCACAACCAACCUUUCCACAGCAACCAACCACAAUGCCACCUCAGCCACCUACAGAGUUACCGUGGCAGCUAAACAAACAUGCCAUUCCACCAUUGCAACAGUUAACUCCAAUGGCACCACCUCUGUCACAGACACAUCCUGUGGCACCACCUCUGUCACAGACACAUCCUGUGGCACCACCUCUGCCACAGAAUACUUUGGUGACACCACCACUGCAACAGUACAACUUGGUGGCACCACCUCUGCAACAGACACAUCCUAUGCCUGUGCCUCCACCUCCAAAUGCUUCAGAGGACCUUCCUUCUCAGCCAGACGAACAGCAGGCUGCUGCAGUUCCAGUAGUUGCACCUAAUGCUAUCCAAACAGAUUUAUCAACCUCUACCAAGGAGAACUUUAAUGAAACAAAUCCACAACAAAGCUCAGAGGAUGUUAUUUCAGAUUCUCCGUACACUCAAAUCUUGCCGCCCAUUGAUCCAAUAAAGUCAACUGCCAUGAAAUUGUUAGAAAGGUUCCAACAGAAAAAGAAAGCAGAGUCACAAACACAAGAAAAGGACAGCACUGUCGCACAAGUGAAUAAAGUUUCUGUCAAUUUAAGAAGUGGGCUGAGACCUGGGCAGAAGUCUAAAGUUUCCCUUACAUCAGGCAGUCGUAUCCAGUUUGCCCUUAAGAACAGUGCUAAAGUGACUAAUCGUAACCCGUUGAAGCUGAGGCUGUCUACUGAAGACGAUGAGGAGGAGGAGGAUGCAAAAAUCCAGGAUUCAAAUAAAGAGUCAUCGGAUACUUCAAAAGAGUCCACAACAACGCCAAUUGUAAAAGAGAAAUCCACAAUAGCCGCGCAAAAAAUUGCAGACAAAGGAAUGAAUCCGACUGUGUAUGACAUGGAACUUGAAAUAGGCUCCAGGAUAAAGGAUACGGUUGACAGGGAAAGGGAAGGAGCUGUAGCCAAUCGUAAGGAACCAAAGAUGAAUCAAGGGUCAAAUGACAGCUGUCAAAGGUCAACAUCCCCUAAAUCCAGAGAUUCAUCAUGGGGCAGUAGGUCAAGGUCAAAAGAUCACAGGAGAAGGUCAAGGUCUCCAGAAGUAGAUAGAAAAACUAGGAGUUCAGAUUCAUGGCGCAAAACCAGAGAAUAUUGUGGAAGGUCAAAAUCACCAGAGUCAACUGACAGGAAAAGUAGAUUAAGUAGACAAAGGCAAUCGUCUGAUGAUGAGGGGUCACCCGAGUUCAGGAAAAACAAAUCCAGAAGUCGUCAUGAGAAAUCCAGAUCAAAGAGUCCUGAUGCUCGGCCAGAUAGUUCUGAAGGACGUAAAAGUAAGAGGACAAAAGAGUAUGAAAGAUCAAUGUCCCCAGAUUCAAGGUCAAGGAAGGAUACAUACAGCGGAAAAUCAAAAUCCAAAUAUGCUGGAGAUUCUGUAAGUCAUAGCUCUAGAGAAAAGAGUGAGGAGAGGAGAAACAAGGGCUCUUCAAGGUCAGGAGAAAGGUCACAGAGGUCAUCAAGUGCCUCAGAUGCAGAGGCCGAGGACUCUGUGCAGAAAUCAAAAACAAAAGACCAGCCUGUGAAAGAAAAUAAAGAAAGGAAUAAAAGGAAGUCUGGGGAUAGUAAAUUUCAUCUGAGAGAAGAUAGUGAUGAUGAAAUUAAUUCUUCCCACAAAAAUAUUAUUUCCAAACGCAAUACAGACGGAAACACAAGUAAAAUUGAGAAAUCUGAGGAAAUUGAGGUGCAUGAUGAAAGUAAUUUGAACCAUAAACAUGUUUCUAGCAGCGGGCUUGAUAAAGACUCAGCAAGGAGUAAGCGAGAAAAGUCUGAGGAAGACCAAUCGAUUAUUAAGAAAGAAAAUGAUGAGAUUGAGGAAAGGUCUUCAAGUCGAGAAAUUUCAUUAGAAAAGGAAAUUGACAGUAAACGGAGUAAGAGAGGAAAUUUGGAGGCAAGCAGAUCACAUCAGAAACACGAUGACGAAAAAUCAUCUCAUCGGAAGCAUUCUCCUGACCAUGAUCGGGAAAGGAGGAAAAGGGGAAAAUCAGAGGAAGCAAUUUAUCGUAAACUUGAUGAAAAAGACCGUAAUGAUGAACGAUCUCAUAAACAUUUAUUGGAUCAUGAAAGAGACAGUGAGAAAGCUUAUGGUAGGUCAGAUGAAUCUCAUCGUAAACGUGAUGAACAUUGGCCAGUUAAGAAGGAUUCACAGAGCGUGGAAGGAAAGAAAAAGGAGAAAGGCCGUAAAAGGUCGCCUGAUGUUGAAGAACCAAGGCGAAGAAGGUCCAGGAGAUUUCAUACCUCUCCAGAACACAAAGAAUCUCAUAGAAAAUCACGCUGGAGUCAGGAACAGGAAAAUGAACAGAAGGAAGAUGACGAUUCUGUGAAAAUAAAUCCUUUAGUUUCCUAUGAUUCUCCAAGUAAGGAAGUCACACCGUUAGUAUCCUACGAUUCACCAAUGAAGGAAGUUGUACCAUCAGUUUCCUUUGAUUCUCCAUUAAAGGGAAGUGUGCCGUCAGUUUCCUACGAUUCGCCAAAGACUGAAUCACCAGUUCCUAGUAGUAUUGUGACAUUACGACCUCUAGUUCAGUAUGACUCCGAAGAUGAUUCUGAUAUGGACAGUGACACAAAAGUUGCCAAGGCUUCCAAUGAAAAUGAGACUAAGAAAACAUUACAUCAGUCACAAGCGACUGAAAUAAUCGAUUCUGGAAUUAAUGAGCAGACCUCGGGUCACGCUGUGGACAUUAUACGAAGUGUUGGGGACAAUAACAUCUGUCGUGUUACUGACGUUACGGACUCGACAAGUCAAUUAACAAGUGCAAUCUCAGGGGAAGCAACUGCUUUGAACAUAGACAAAACAUUGCCUGUUGAUGAUGUGACCGGGACAGCUGAUGUGGAGAAGGGAAUUACAGAUAUAAAAGAAUCAGAAAAAGAUCAGGACAUUCUUCCAAAUGUGAGUAACAAAAUAAUACAGGAAUAUGAGGACUUUGAAAAGUUUUUGAAUGAAACAUCCCUCGAUACAAAAACAGAGCAGACUGCUGAUUCAGAGUCUUUGGGGAUAAGGAAAGAUUCGACUCUUACAAUAGUGGAAAACACAACUACUGAAGAUAAAUCCUGCAAAUCUGCUGAUGAAUCGGAGACUCCUGCAGCAAAUGACUCCAAAGUUAAAGAUGAGUUAGAACUGGAUUUGAAAGAAAUUUCUGACAGUAGAGAUAAAGAUAUUACUGCAGUUAUUACCCAAGACAUGGUAACUUCUGAAAUGUCUUUAAAGAAAUCACAGGAUGCUCCCUCUGACUCCCUUGAAGAAGAAUCAGGGCGAAGGUCAUUGAGGUCACGAAGGUCAUACACAUCAGAAUCUCAGGAAAGUAGUCCCAGGGAAAGUAGACGAUCAAAAAGAAUGUCAAAGGAUGAGAAAGCCUCAAAUGAAGCUGUAACUCCAGAUGCUGGCAGGAUGACACGAUCUAGGAGAUUAAGAAGUCGGGAUGAAAGUGAUGCUCCUGAGGAUCAGGGUACAGACAAAAAAAUAAUUGAGAAUUCAGAGGAUGGAAGUAUGGGGAGGAGGAAAACGCGCUCACAACGCUCUGUAGAUGAUUCCAGGGAUAGCAGUAGAGAAACUAGAUCAUCAAAACGAAGUCGACGGCAUAGAAAUCGUUCAGGAUCGUCAUCAGAUCAUGAAAAGGAAGAUAGAAAUUUGAAAUUCCCUAAGGAAAUUGAUAAAAAGCUUUCAAGUCCUAUCUCAGUUGAUCUCUCAAGUAUCGCUCUACCAGGAGAAGGGAUAAAAAUCCGUAUAUUUAGUGACUUUCAUAGUCCAGAUAGAAAGGGAGAUAAACCAUUUGAAAAACAGGCAGAACUAAACGAAUGUGAGGUAAAAGUUACGCCACCAGCGGUUGUUGACUUGGCGUCCAUCGUCCUUCCACCGGAACCACCUAAAAUUCUGGAGGCUGUAAAGCCAAUGUUUACAGAACAACCAUCAGCUGAAGCCAUGGAAACAGAGAGCCCAUCUCAGUCAGAUGUGACGAUAGACAAACCAGCCUCGUCCGAGGCCACAAAGCUCGAGGAUAAGAACAUCAAAUUUGUUGGAGUUAAAAACGAAAAACUACGAGCUGCAAUGGAAAAACUUCAAGCAGAAAAGAAUGCUAGUAAUAUUGAAGGGAAAGAUGUCAGCUCUGUGAAAAUUGAGGAGGACAGUAAGGAACAAACGGGGAAAAUAAGUUUGAGCUUUGGACGCAGAUUGACAAGAGGCAGGGUUUUAAAGACACCUUCUGCACUGACAGAUGAUGUUGAUUCUGAAACAAGACAGCCAAUUAAAUUUGGUAUUCCGAAAGUUAUAGUACCACUCAAAACAGGACCAACAUGGGAAGAGGAUGAAAGCAAAGUGAACUCUAAAGGGCAAAACAGUGACUCUGUUGCUAAGUGUGAUCCUGUGGUGCCUAAAAGUGACUUGCUUAUGAAGUGUGACCUUGUUGUGCCCACAACCGACUGCCACGUCCAGUUGGAACAGAUCAAGCCAAAGAGCAACUCUUUUGUUAACUGUGAUGAUGAAAGUACGGUAGUGCCAGCCGAUGAAAGCGAAACGAAAAAGACAGGCAUUCAAAUUGAGGUUAAGGGCAUCAGAACAAGGUCAAAGGUCAAGGAUUUACCAGAAACGGACAUUACUAGUAAACCUGAUCCGAUUGUUCGCCAGCACACCUGGAGAAAAUCCACAAUGAGUCAAAUGGAAACUGAGGAUGCUUCAAGUGAUAUAAGUAGUACAGGAGGUGAUGUAAAUACAGGGAAUGAUUUUAAAACAUCAGUAGUUGUAUUGCCUACGUCAGAUGGCGACACUAGAACGUCCCAUAUUGAGGAAGGAUCACUUGUGAAUGUUAAAGAAAAAACUGGCCCAGACUCAACUGAUGAAGUGCCGAUGUUAGCAGUUUCUAAUCGGGUCAAGUCGGAUUUUACCUCAGAAUCAGCACAAAAGCCCUCGAUUACACUUCCUGAAGGGCAGGAUUCCACCGAGAACCACACACAGGUAGAUGAGGAGAUCUCCUUCAAAAAUAUUGUGAUGCCAGAUUCCUCUAUAGCUCCGCCAAAGACAGAUAUAGACAAAGGAACAAAUUACGAAAAUGAGGACAUGGAUUUAGAUGAUGAUAGUGAGAUGGAAUUGGAGCCUCAACUUGAAGUUUCAUCCAUGUCGGAAGAAAAAUGUGACAAAGUUUUGACUGGGGAGGAUAUUGUGAACAAAAUGGCUGAGGAAAAGUUAGAUAAGUCUAGUCAUACUGAAAAGUUGGGAGUCAUGAAAGACAGCGCUAUAUAUACGGAAAGUGAAAGUAGGUUAUCAAGUGUUAGUAGUGUUCGAGACAUUGCAUUACCUGGUGAAGAAAGUAAAAAACAUAUAGAAAGUGAAAGUAGGGCAUCAAGUGUUAGUAGUGUGAGGAACAUUGCAUUACCUAGUGAAGAAUGUAUAACACAUAUAGAAAGUGAAAGUAGGGCAUUGUUUGCUGACAAAACAAGAGACACUGUGUGUGUUGGCAUGGAUGCUGUGAACACUUCAAACUCUGUAAGUUCUGAAACAAAGGUUACAUCUACACCGUCACGAACUAUUGAUGUACCUGCAAGCUCUGGUGAGGAUUCAAAAGCCACAGAAGAAAAAAAGGUGGAAACAGUGUCUAUAAAACCUUUUACGAUCGGACGCAAGCCUGAGAAAAUCAUAGUGAACAUUAAAACAAUGAUAGAAAGUCCUGUAAAAGAUGCAACCGACACACCAAAACUAAACAAUGAGAAUUUGCUCUUAGGUACUGGACAAAAUAUAAAUGUGACCCAGACUGUUCCAUCUCUUGGCGAGAGGACAAUAUCAAAAACAAUUUCAACAGGUGAUAAACAGAUCCCCAAAACAACUUCAACUGGUUCACAUUUUCAGGAGGGUUCUGAAAGUACUACUGCUGUCGGUAGAAAGUCAGGGGAGGUAACUUUUUUGACCAGCUGUGAUGAGGAAGCUAAUCCACAAUCAAUCAUCAGUAGCCCGGGUGGCUUCCCGAUGGAGAUUAUAUCUGAAGACGCUAUCAAGAUGAAAAAGUUCUCUUUCAUUGGUCGGGAACUUAUCACACAAAUGGAACCAAAAUUGUCAAGAACAUUGGAAGCAGAUUCUGUUUCUGGCAUACAGAAGGACCCUUGUGUGCUAGAACUCGCCAACUGUGCACAAAGUGAAAAAGAGGAUACGUCUAAAACAAUGAGUGGUGCUCUCCUUACCGACAAAGUUCUGUGUAACAUACCAUUACCGGAUGUGGAAUUACCAGCAUUGGAGAAAGAAAAGAAAGAUAACAUGGAGGAAGGAGAGAUUCUGUCCGAGUCGGAAGGAGAUAAACAUCCCGAGGAGAAAGUCAGCGAAAGUGGCAACAGAGAGCAUGGCAUUGGCACAGUUAUCACACGAUUCAGUGAGGAACCUGCUAACAAAAUCCAGGUAAUUUGUGCCACUGACAAACCGACCAAGCCGAGAUCACGCUGGUCGGCUAUCGAGACCGUGGUCAGCAGUGUUCCUGUGCCAGAUGUUGUACCAGCUGCUGAGGAAUUAAAAAUAGCAGAGGAAAAUGUAGCACUGAAAGCAGCUUCGAAACCUACUGUUAUGGGUAAUAGUAACCAGUCCGUUGUGGAAGGGACAACCUGGAGUCGGAAAUCGAGUCAGGAGAAGCAAAACACAUCGGUGUAUGAUCACAACAUGUCUGACUAUAAUGACGGGGACUAUAACCAGUACAAGUCGAGCAAUGAUCAAUUUGAAGAUGGGUUUUCUGAUCAGUACACUAGCAGAGGGGAAAAGGAGCUCUUUAAGCAGGAGCGUGAUCGCUUUGACGAGGCCGAGAUAAGUCAGCUUGAAGGUGGUGAGAAGGAACAGGGAUGGUACGAGGAGAGAACCUGGGACAACGAACGUUACAAUGAUAGAGAUCGAUCCAGGUUUGAUAAAAGAAAGAAACAUUCGAGGGACUAUGAUGAGUAUGAUCAAGAUCGGGAAAGAUUCGACAAACGUGGUAACAAUCGAAGUGCAGAUCGCGAUCGAACUCCUGAAAGAAGAAGGGACAGAAACAGAAUGAGAGACCGGGAUCGUACCCCUGAAAAAAGUAGGGACCGACGUGACAGAACACCUGAUCGAAACAAAGACAGAGAUCGUAGCUCAGAUCACAGAAAAGCACACAGUAGAGAUAGGAGUCGGGACAGAGAUAGAAAUAGACGACAAAGGGAACGAGAUGAUCGCCAUCACAGGAGAAGGAGCAAGCAUAGUCGGGACCGUAGUCGUGAGCGUAGUAGGGAUCGUGGACGAGACCACAGUCGAGAUCGCACACGUGACCAAAGUCGAGAUCGCACACGUGACAGAAGUAGAGAAGUAAGUCGUGAUAGGGAUAAGCGGAGCCAUAGAGACGAGAACGAUAGAUCCAUCAAACGUCAAUCAGACCGAGAUCGGGAAAAGGAGAAAGAUAGAGAUCGUGAUGAGAAAUCCUCUAAAGACAAACAGUCUGACAAGACAGACAGUUCUUGGUUAGAAUUUGAGUCCAAAUUGACAGGAAAAGACGGUACCAAAAAAAUGUCUGCAAUACCUACAUCUAAUCAAUCAUCAGACUAUGUACAAAGUAUGUACAAUGUUUUCUUCCAGAAAACAUCUUCCUGCUCUUCCACAGGCACCACCAUCUCACAUGCAAACGCAGCAGAGUAUUAUCAAAAUUACCCAGACUAUCAGCAGCAUGGGGCAGUUGCUGGGAGCAUGGUUGAGGGGAUGUACCCACCAACGGGGAAUCAAGCAACCACCAUGCACCAGGUGCCACCCCAACCGGCUGAGAUGUCCAUGUUUGGAAGUCAGUACCAGCAAACUCCGACGCAGGCACCCCUUCCAAACCAGCUUGGCUUCCAGCAAUUCCCUGGUCAGGUUCCUCUCUCGGGACCCACUCCCCAGGGACUCCUACCCCAAAGAAUUCCUGGUCAAGGGGUAGCUGGUCAAGGACCUACACCCCAGGGGAUAGCUGGUCAAGGACCUCCACCCCAGGGGAUCCCUGGUCAAGGACUCCCACCCGGACAUCCAGGACUCCAACCAGGACAAUCAACUGGACUUCAGGGGCAGAUUGUUCCAGCACAUGGUUUGCACAACCAGGCACCCCCAGCCUUACAGCCACAGUCUGUUGAUAUGGGUCUAAACAUGGCCCCUCAUAUGCACGGACAGUUAAAUCCAUCGACCUUGAUACAGCAAACUCAAGGUCACUCUGCCCUGCCCCUACAACCUGUUAUUGGGAACCCUCCAUAUAUGGAUCCUCAGCAGCGUAUGUAUGGCUCACAGACAGCUGCGUACCCACCAAAGGGUCUGCCCUCUGCAAACCCAGUACCACCGUCACUAGGUUCUCGGGGGCAAGCACCUAUACAGAGACUAUACCCAGAGGAGGUGGCUCCCCCUACAGGCAUAGCCAACAUUCCUGAUUCAAGGUACAAAACCAUGUCUCCUUCUACCUCGUCAUUUAAUCAAACCCCACCAAACACUGCACAUCAUCAUAUUCCCACACAGGAAACCCAAAUGCCACCGUUACAGAGAAUGUUUGGCAAAAAGAUCCAGGUAUCAUCUUCGUUUGAGAAUUCUGAACCAAAACCAGUUGUGUCUUCGACAGCGAAGAUGCUACCAGCACCAUUCCCGAAGGCUCUACGAGACCAGACCCUCCUGAAGGAGGUUCCAGAACCAACAGCCUCCUCUACCACAUCAUCUAUGCCCCAUAAAAAGUUUGGGAAGUCAUCAUCACCAAGAUCUCACCUGUUUUCUAAAAUGUCAUUGCCAGAAGAUGUCACACAGGUCCCCACUUCAUCGGAGGAGAAGGUUUCUGAGGUAGCAGUGUCGCCCAGUGGGAGUACACCACCCCCGCCGUCGUCAUCACCAGCACUACCAACCUCCAGUGUCGGUGAUUUCCCAGCAUCAAUCAAUGUACCGCAUGGAGUUCCGAUAAAACUUGGCAUCAAACAAGAGCUUCAGGCUCGUAAAGAGAUGGAACAGGCAAUGACUUCUCCUCCGGCAUCCAGCCGUCCGUUCAAGGUCAAGUCAAGGUGGCUGCGGUUCAGUGAACUUGAGAGCCCAUUGCCACCACCGUCUCCACCAGGAGAUUCCAAUCUUCCAACAUCUACCUCAUCAGAGGGGUCUAGUCAGAAAACAGAACAUACAAGUGAUGGUCAGCUAAGUGAAGGAAGGGAGACAACUCCAUCUAAACAAAACACAGAAGUGAAGAAAGAAAGGUAUGAUGCUUGGGAUCCCUCUUCAGAUCUCGUCAUUUCACCUACAGUUAAUUUAAAGGGUGACAAACCCAGCAGGAAGGAGGGCAAAAGGAAGGAAAAAGAGAAAGAGAAGGAUAAGCCAGUUCCUCCACCAGUUCCAGUGGAAGAGGUUGAAAUCAAGGAGGAGAAGAAAGAGGAGGAAGAGGAGAUGGUUGAUGAGAACAAACCUCCACACUUUGACCGUAUUGAGGACAACAUCUACCUGGGUGAAAGGAAGAAGUCUAAGAAGAUGAAGGAGGUACGGCGAAUGCUGUGUGACUGUACAGCGACACAAGAGGACCGGGAGAUGGGACUUGUCGCAUGUGGAGAAGACUGCCUCAACCGUAUGCUCUACAUAGAAUGUGGAUCCCGCUGCCAGUGUGGGGAGUACUGUACCAACAAGAGGAUCCAGAAGAAGCAGUAUUCUGACGUGGAACCUUUCAGGACGUCCUGGAAAGGAUUUGGCCUGAAAACAAACGAAGAACUUGUACCUGGUCAGUUUGUGAUGGAGUAUGUGGGAGAAGUGCUGGACUAUCGUCAGUUCAAGAGUCGCACCAAACAGUACGCCAAGUCAGGACAGCAGCACUACUACUUCAUGGCCCUGAACGCAGACGAGGUCAUUGACGCCACAACGCGUGGAAAUAUCUCCCGCUUCAUCAAUCACAGCUGUGAUCCAAACUGUGAAACACAGAAGUGGACAGUGAACGGUGCUGUAAGGGUCGGGUUCUUCGCACGGAAAUAUAUUGAGGGUGACACGGAGCUGACCUUCGACUACCAGUUUGAGCUUUAUGGGAAAGAGGCACAGAAGUGUUUCUGUGGUACUGAAAAAUGUAGAGGAUUUAUUGGAUCUACAAAGAACACUCCAGCAACCAAGGGACGCAAACGGGUAGAGGAGGAGGAGGAGGAAGUAGAGGAAGUAGAAGAAGAAGAGAAGAAGACCAAGCAGGAACUCUUCGAGGAUGAGCUGGAACAGGAGCUUGAGGAGAUGACAUCACAGGGCUUAAUGAGUACAGAGAAUGUACUGACGCUUUGUCGAUUGAUGGUUCGUGCCGAGGACACAGAGCACCGCCUUACACUGCUCAACGUCCUACAGGUGACAACUGAGAGGAACUGUCUCCGCCUGUUCCUGGACUAUCACGGACUGGAGCUGCUGUGGACCUGGAUAGUCGACCUUCGGGACGAUGGGCCAGACAUCAAGAUGCAGAUACUUUCUACUUUGAAAAUCCUACCCAUUACCAACAAAACUAUUCUGAAAGACAGUAAAAUUCUAGCCAUUAUUCAGAGACUGGCUGCAAAAGAUAAUUCUGAUGAGAGUUCUGGUCAAGUGAUAUCUUCUACUCCUCCCAUUGGUCAAGUGACUCCUUCAACUCCGCCCACUUCCUCAAAGGAAAAACCUACCUCAAUUUUAUCCAUUACCACGACCAAGGAGAGUAAAUCGGGUAAAAAGAAAGUGAAAUUUGCGUUAGAAGAUGCUUCAAGUUCGGACAAUGAGUCGAGAACUAGUAACUCCGACAGUUUUAGUGAUAUAAUAGGAAAUGAGUUAUACACCGACUUUGACAGCCCGCCCAGCACGGAGAGUUCAAAGAAGCGAUUACUACGGUCAAGUAAGAAGGAUGGUGUGUCUGUAUUGUGUAGACAAGUACUUGAUAAACAGGAACUCCUCACAGAAACAAUGGACAGUGAAGUGUUAGAGAGUUGCGCCGCUUCCAACAGCAAAGAGAAGAUAACUCAGGAACAUGAAAUCGACUCGACAGAAAAUGACGACAAAUUGUCGUCAGAAAAAGAUGGUGCAAUAAAAUGUAUGGAAAGUGAGACAACUGUGACGGCCGCGGAUUCUAGCAACAGUAAAUCGGAAUCUCCCACUGACCAGGUGGACGCGGAUAGUUCGUCCUCGUUCAAAGUGGAGUUAAACGUAAACACGGAUGGGGUAGAAAAAGACAUUGCGACAGAAUGUGAUUCUUCAGAGCCAAAGGAUGAUGUAGUGGAUGUAGUGUCGUUAGCUGAGGAUCUGUUACAGCACUGGAGUGACCUCAAGGAAAUCUUCAGGAUCCCCAAGAAAGAGCAGGUUGAGGAACGGAAAAGGAUUGAACGGCAGUUGUUGGAUGUACGACCCACCAAACAACGCCAACGGGAGAAGUUUGAACGCUUACAGGACCAGACAAGGAUACGAGCUGCUGGCUGGGAUUCGGGGAUCAGGAAGAGGAAACGCCCACCUCCACCUCCUCCUCCCUCGGAGGAUGAUGACGACCCUUCCAAGCCCAGGAAAACACUGUUGCCAUCGCCGCCUAAAAUGACAAAGGAGCAACGGAGACAGCGGUUUGAGGCGAAUGUGAAAGCUCAAGAUGAGAUGUUUGCCGAACAUCAGCGACAGCAGGAGGAAAUCUUCCUGCAGCAGCAACAGCAAAUACUCGGUGACCCUACCUACCUGUUCUUCCAACAGACCCUAGUCCAACAUGGCUACGGGCCUGAAGUGGCCGAGCUUCAGAUCCAGGCCUUACUCCAGCAGGGCCACACGACUGAGACUAUCAUAGCCCAGCUAGCCACUCAGCUACAACAGGGAUUACAACAUCAGCAGGUUUCCAUAGACGGGAGCAUGGAGCCCAUGUUUCAGGACCCUUCCCUUCAGCAGAUGCUCGACCCAGAACACCAGGCACAGCAGCAGGCCCAGCAACAGGCCCAGCAGGCAAUGCUUCAGUCCGGCAUGGCCUACAUGGAAGAUGGACAGACGCAGCAACAACAGCAACAGCUCAUUUACCAGCAACAGCAGGGACAGUUCCAGAGCCAGGCAGAGUUGGUUGCCCAGCAACAGAGCCAGGGCAUGACCCAAGCCCAGGCGUUGGCAACGGGGGCGCAAGCUUUGGCAUACCAGCAGCAACAGCAGCAGCAGGGGGGUCUACCACUGGACCAGCAGGCCCAAAUGUCCGCCGAUCCUCAGAGUAUGGCAUUUAUGCAGCAGAUGGCUGAUCCAAGUUCAACCAUCCAGCAGCUUCAACAACAGCUUCAAAUUCAGAGCCAGCUGGCAGCCCUUUCCCAGGGGGUAGCCCUUGCCGAGGAGGAGGAUGUUCCACCCCCUCCAUCACCCCCCAAAACAAAACAAACAAAACUACCUCCUAACUGGAAAAGUGCUAAGGACUCUGAUGGAAAGACAUACUACUAUCAUACUAUCACCAGACAAACCCAGUGGGACACACCAACCUGGGACUGUACACAGGACGACAGCAUGGACAUGUGUACCCCACCCAUGGAGGAGGUCAAGCCUGUUAAGAAGAGUUCGAAGCAGACGACGACUGCUGCAGCAGACACAUCCAGUGAGCUAGCCAAGAAAAUCAAGGAUCAGUUCAGGAACAAGAUGUCCUCGUACGUUGUGGUGUGCCUGAACCCCUUCAGGAAGCCAGACUGUAAGAUGGGCCACAUAUCUUCCACGGACGACUUCAAACACCUCGCCAGGAAGUUGACCCACCAUGUGAUGGCCAAGGAGUUGAAGCACUGCCACCACGUGGAGGACCUCGAGGUGAACGAGAAUGUUAAGGCCAAGGCCAAAGACUAUGUCAAGAAAUACAUGGGCAAGUUUGGUUCCAUGUACCGCAAGACUGGGUCUCCCGACGAUUAAAUAGGGAUUACAGGGCAAGUUAGGUACCUUGUUAGGACACAGUCCUGGUAAUUAUGUAAGGAUUUGGUGUCACAACAUAAAAGAGGGUCUCUCCUGACUAUUGAGGCUGAAGACAGUCUACCUCAACGAUGGAAUCAGGACAAUAUGGUUUUAGUUGGGAGGCAGGUGAUGAGGAUCUUCCUCCCCAACAAUAAACAACAGGAAACAAAAAGUGCUCUUCUAGAUGAGGGAUCUGGGUUAGAUUUAGAUUUCAAAGUCUAUAUACCAUGUACUGGUUUGGCACGGCUAGUGAAUCGGUGCAGAAACCAUGGCUUGCACUCCGGGUCGUUAAAAGACUGGUUAAAUCAGGAACCGUUGCUGUAUCCUCACAUACAGACCAUUCAAAGGUAUGGAGCAGCAUUUUGUUCUGUGGAAAGGAAAAUGAGAUCUAACUACAAAUAAAAUCCAGAACUGACUCCAUGAAAUGGUAUUGAUAUGUGGAUCAUGGUUUUGUAUUGUAAGAACGGUCAGGUAGCUAUAUCUACUGGGUAAAUUGGUGUUCAUGGUCAAAUUGACAAUCUCAGUAAUCCUUUGACAAGGCCAGUAAUUAAUAAGCUUUUCCUGCUCAUCUGAAAUGUAAUUCAGGAAUUUUAUUUAUGAAAUCAACGAAGAUAUUUUAACCAUCAUAUUUAACUCACAAUUUCAGGAAAUACUGGAAAUCAAAUUCGCACAAAAUAGUCAAUAUAUAUAGAUUUGUGUGUUUAAAUGGAUCGUUCUUAUGGGAUCAAGUGUAACUACCUAGAUAAAAUAAGGAUAUUUUUCUUGCAUGUUGAGAAACAGUUUUCUUGCACAUUUGUCCAUUUGUUUUGUCUGAAGAUUAUUUGAUAUAGAGGCCAUUCACUGUAAACUAUUUUAUGGAUGAUAUUUUAUCCCUUGUCUCUUGUUAUUUGUUUUUUUAUUCAUCCAGUUUAAAGUAAUAAUGAAAUAAGUCUUAAUUUAAAUAUUGUUAUGUUACCCUUGGUAGGCAUUUAACUCAUUCCCCCCUAAUGACACAUUUGAACUCGGUUGGAAUAGUUGAGUAAGUAAAGGAUAUGACCUCUGGACAUCAAGCAAAUGGACCAUGUGACUUUGAAAACGUUUGAUCAUGAUGCAAAUAGAUAUUUAAUUUAAGUGACCAUUUGUUGAUAUUUCAGUGUGUUUCAUUGUAAAUAGUUCAUGUUAUCGCAAGUGUCUUACCAGGGGAGAUAAUCCAGAAGAGUGAGACGAGAGAAUGUGUAUGGAUGUGUACCAGAUACAGUUUUAUAAGUGUGUAUAUAUUUGUUGAUAUUUUAUAUAUGUCUGUAAACUCUUUAAACCUUAUUUGACUUCCUUGGCAUACGGCUCGAGUGGCCACGGGUAUUAUCCCUUUUUGCCAUGUGGCCAGUCUCUAUAACUCCGAGACCAGUGAACACCUUUACAGCCUCACCAGCCUCUCAGGGCGGUGUGGCUAAUAGAAGUGAGUCUCCAGGCAGCAUUCCGUUUUUGUGUACAUUCAUCAAAAUUUAACUAUUUGAUAAAAGUUUGAGCAAUUCAACUUUAGGGUUUGUUUAGAGUUCAGCGAAGCUGAGGGCACCUGUCUCUGAAAUUAUGACAUUGAGCUGAUAAAAAA